AUGGCUUCUUCAAGAAAGCUUCUUGUUCUCUUCUUCACAUGGAUAUCUCUUUCCAUGGCGAAUCCGAUCUUCGUAUCUUCCGAUAAUGUCAAUUUCACAUUCAAAUCCUUCACGAUUCGUAACCUCACUUUCCUCGGCGAUUCUCAUCUCCGAAACGGCGUCGUCGGGCUCACAAGAGAGCUCGGCGUUCCCGAUACGAGCUCCGGCACCGUAAUCUACAACACUCCGAUCCGUUUCUACGAUCCGGAUUCAAACACCACGGCGUCUUUCUCAACUCACUUCUCCUUCUCCGUUCAAAACGUAAACCCAGAUUCCUCCGGCGACGGACUCUCUUUCUUCCUCUCUCACGACAACGACACUUUGGGUAGUCCCGGUAGUUACUUGGGUCUCGUCAAUUCCACACAAACGAUGAAGAAUCGAUUCGUCGCGAUCGAAUUCGACACCAAAUUGGAUUCUCAUUUCAACGAUCCGAGCGGUAAUCACAUCGGAUUAGAUGUCGAUAGCUUAAAUUCGAUCGCGACUUCAGAUCCGUUCGUUUCUUCUAAAAUUGAUUUGAAAUCUGGGAAAUCGAUAACUGCUUGGAUCGAUUACAAGAACGAUUUACGUUUAUUGAACGUGUUCUUGAGUUACACAGAUGAUGCAGUAAUGAAGAAGCCAGAGAAGCCUCUUUUAUCUGUGAAGAUUGAUCUUUCUCCUUUCUUAAACGGUGAGAUGUAUGUAGGAUUCUCUGGUUCAACAGAAGGAAGCACAGAGAUUCACUUGAUCGAGAAUUGGAGUUUCAAGACGUCUGGGUUUCUUCCGGUGAGAUCAAGAUCCAAUCAUCUUCACAAUGUCUCAGAUAGUUCCAUUGAUCCUGUGCCUAUACCCACGAGCAAGAAGAAGCGUCACAGGCACAAUCUUGCUAUUGGACUUGGUAUUUCUUGUCCAAUCUUCUUCUGUUUAGCUCUAUUGGUGUUUGGAUACUUAACUUUGAAGAAAUGGAAAGGUGUGAAAGCAGAGAAAGAGCUCAAGACUGAGCUAAUCACAGGUCUAAGAGAGUUUAGUUACAGAGAGCUUUACGCAGCUACGAAAGGGUUUCAUUCGAGUAGAGUCAUUGGUAGAGGAGCGUUUGGGAAUGUGUACAAAGCCAUGUUUGUUUCCUCUGGAACGAUCUCUGCUGUGAAAAGAUCGAGACAUAACUCAACCGAAGGCAAAACUGAGUUCUUGGCUGAGUUAUCGAUCAUUGCUUGUUUGCGUCACAAGAAUCUUGUUCAGCUGCACGGUUGGUGUAACGAGAAGGGAGAGUUGCUUCUCGUUUAUGAGUUCAUGUCUAAUGGAAGUCUUGACAAGAUUCUGUAUCAAGAAUCAGAAACAGGAGCUGUGUCUCUUGACUGGUCACAUAGGCUUAACAUAGCGAUUGGUUUAGCUUCAGCUUUAUCUUAUCUUCACCAUGAAUGUGAGCAGCAAGUGGUUCACAGAGACAUAAAGACAAGCAACAUAAUGCUUGACAUCAACUUCAACGCGAGGCUCGGUGAUUUCGGUCUGGCUAGACUCACGGAGCAUGACAAGAGCCCUGUCUCAACCUUAACCGCUGGUACGAUGGGUUAUCUCGCACCAGAGUAUCUGCAAUACGGCACUGCGACUGAGAAAACAGAUGCUUUUAGCUACGGAGUGGUGAUUCUAGAGGUUGCUUGUGGGAGAAGGCCAAUAGAUAAAGAACCAGAGAGUCAAAAGACAGUGAAUCUAGUGGAUUGGGUUUGGAGACUGCACAGUCAAGGAAGAGUUCUUGAAGCUGUGGAUGAGGGAUUAAAAGGUGAGUUUGAUGAGGAAAUGAUGAAGAAACUGUUGCUUGUUGGACUAAUGUGUGCCCAUCCAGAUAGUAAUGAGAGACCAUCGAUGAGACGUGUUCUUCAGAUACUUAACAAUGAGGUUGAGCCUGGUCCGGUUCCGAAGAUGAAACCUACAUUGUCUUUCUCUUGUGGGUUAAGCCUUGAUGAUAUUGUUUCAGAAGAUGAAGAAGGAGACAGUAUUGUGUAUGUUGUAUCUUAG